UCGAAAAUUCCAUUCUGCCAAAAGUGAGGCGGGAACAUUUCUGUACAACGCUCACCAUGAAGAUCUCUUCCAUCGCCCUGCUUCUUUCGAUAGUGUCGGAAAUUUCUGCUUUCACUGUACAUUAUUCCAACACCAACAAGAAUGCCGGACUUCGUUUGACGAGUAUGGAAUUAUCGGCCCGCAAACCCUUCAUAACGGGCAACUGGAAACUGAAUCCUCAAACAAAAGGCGAAGCCAUUGAGCUCGCACUCGGUAUUCAAUCUUCCAUUACUGGAAAAUCGCCCUGUGACGUCGGUCUUUUUGUGCCCUUUCCCUUUAUUGGCGCUGUACAAAAUGCCGUUGGCGACAAACUCGUCGUAGGAGCUGAGAUGGUCAGUCCGCAGGAUGCGGGUGCCUUUACUGGUGGAAUUUCCUGCAGCAUGCUUAAGAGCAUCGGCGUUGAUUGGGCUUUGGCUGGACACUCCGAACGCCGAACAAUUUUUGCCGAAACAGACGACGACAUCAACGCUCAGUGCCUAAAAUUGAUUGAAAGUGGCAUGAAUGUAGUAUUGUGCAUUGGCGAAACCUUACAAGAAUUCGAAAAGGAUUUGGUAGGUGCUAUUUGUGAAGUCCAACUCAAAAAAGCACUGGCGGGUAUCUCCGCUACCGACAUGAGUAGGGUUACUAUCGCGUACGAGCCAAUCUGGGCCAUUGGUACGGGCAAAGUAGCAACGCCUGAAAUUGCGCAAGAUGUGCACGCCACCUGCCGUCAGAUUUUGGUCGGUAUGUACGGUGAACAAGUCGCCAACGACACCCGCAUUCUUUACGGAGGAAGCGUCAGCCCCGAAUCGGUCGACGGUCUGCUUGCCAAACCCGACAUUGACGGUGCUCUAGUUGGUGGCGCUUCACUUGAGUCGGAAAAGUUUGGUCGUAUUAUCAAUUUUGAAAUGGCCGAGGCUCCCAUGAUAGCGUAG